AUCAUUCUCCUUCUAGGGGUUUUCUCAGUGGAAGAACAUCACUAUGCCUUGAGCAUUUGUCCAAGGCACAGGGCUGAUUUCGGCAUCCGCUGGAGGACAGGGAAGACCAUGUGUACAGUACCCAAAGAAUUAGCGGUACAUAAAUCUACAACUGCUAAAGGGAGCCACCGAGUGGAUAGCUUGAAGUCGGCGUUUAUUUUCAAAAACACGAACACAGUUAUUCCAGUUGGAUCACGUAAGUUGCAGACUUUUCUGCGAAGAUUGGUUAGAUAAUGGUAAUUUUUUACGGUUAAGAAUCACAUAUAAGGUGGCACACAAGGCGAGGAGUUUGCUAGCACUCUAUUAAAGAAACAGUAAGAAAUUUCCACGAGACAGUGACAAGAGAGGAGAGAGCGUGCAAGGAGAGGGAAAGGCGUUUUUAAGAUGUACUAAUUAUCACGUGUCCCUUUUUGUAUUACGCAGGGGUCAUUUUUGCCUUGGGGUGUGGGUAAUCCUAGCACACCUUGCGGUCCUCAUUCAAAAUUAUUGGUCUUGCGGGCAGGAAGUUGUCUUCUUUCUAUGUAUGUUUUAAAUACAUUUUUUAUACAGUAUAUUGACAUUAAUUUCUGUUCGUCUGUUCAUUUUGUUUUGCCAUUUAAAGCAAUUUGUAAACAAUGCAACGAGUAUAUCAGCAAAGAGGCCAUG